CGGCCGCUUAAAUCUUUCUCCACCAAGCAAGUUCCAAUGAUUUUUGUGUAAGCGGCUCAAUUCCAGAUGCCCUCUUCAAGGAGUUACGAUUCUAUUUAAAUUUGUAACCGUCCUAUCGUUAUAAAACUUAUAGGAAGCGAAUGAAAAGUAGCCGAAGCACUAUAAAGUUAAACGAACUGAAGGAGACGACGAAGGCACAGGAGAUGGAAGCUGCCAAAAUACAAUCCAGGAGCCAAAGAACUCAAUGGAAACAAUGGGCGGCGUGUAUUUCUGCGACGCUGUCAAUGGUAGCCGCCGGCUCAGUUUAUGGAUGGACCACCACGAUUAUUUCACGUCUGACUAACGCAACGGAGGACGUGCCCGUGCACAUCUCGAUGGACGAGUCGUCAUGGGUUAUUUCUUUGACUGUGAUAGGAUCAAUGAUCGGACCAUUUUACGGCGCUUACGUCGCUGCUUCCUGCGGUCGGAAGCUCUGCCUCCUUAUGAGCUCCCUCUUCUACAUUCUCGGCUGGCUGCUGGUAAUCUUCGCGCAGAACGUCUGGUACCUCUACUUCUCGGACUCGGAGGAGCUGCUCCUCGAGCUCGAGAUCGUGCGCAAGAAUAUCGGCGAGAACAGCGACGGCGAGUUCGACGAGCUCAAGUUCAGCUUCGCCGACUUCCUCCUCCUCAUGAGCUUGAGGAACCGGCGUGCCCUCCUCAUCGUCAUGGGCCUCAUUCUGGGCCAGCAGCUCAGCGGCAACUUCAGCACCAUGCAAUACCUCGAGCACAUGUUCCUCGAAGCGAAAAUAGGCAUCGACUCGCAUAUGGCGACGAUAAUCGUCCUAGCCGUUGGCCUCGUAUCCGGUGCCCUGUCGACCCUCAUGGUCGAGGGUGCCGGCAGACGGCCCCUCUUAAUCUACUCGAGCUUCGGCCUCAUGGUCAAUGCCAGCGGUGCGGACAUCUCCUCCUUGAAUCUUCUCCCUGUCGUUGACGUAAUUGUCUUCCAGGUGGUCUAUCAGAUCGGACUGGGCACGUUGCCGAACCUCCUCAUCGGCGAGCUGUUCCCCACGAACGUAAAGGGCAUAGCCGGAGCGAUCGUCACCGUCUUCGACGGCUUGCUGGGAUUCGUCGUGUCGAAGAUGUACGAGGUCAUAUUUACCAAUGUUGGCUCCCACGUCACUUACCUCCUAUUCGCUGUAUCGUGCUCCCUCCUCUUCGUAUUCAUUUACGGCUUUAUACCGGAAACCAAGUGCAAGACAUUCAAUGAGAUCCAGGAGAUGCUUGGUGAAAUGCGGCCCUUUAAAAUGACGGCGGCUGACGCGCGAUGCUGGCCCUUUAAGACGACCGUGAAGGAUAAGAGCGAGGAGGCGUGAUUGUUUAUGAUUUUGCGAUCUCGGUUAUUAAGUUUUACGUCUGUCUUUUUUCCAUCAAAUCGGCACUCCUCAAUGUCCCGAGAACUCGACAAUUCGCCGAUUAUUGCGGGCGUCGCUCGAUGAUUUAUGUAUGUAUAUAAAGUUAGUGACUGUUGAGGUAUAAUUUGAUCGAUGAUAAUCAUCGCGGGGGGUUUUAGAAUUAUCGAGCAUAAUAAAUCGUUUAGUUUUAUUAAUAAUUGCCGUGGUAUUGUUAUUGUACGCAAUUCGUCGCUUAGGAAAACUGGCGUCGAUUAACGUAAGGUUACGCACAAGUGACGAUGUGAUAAAUAAUAAAGACAAAUAUUUUAAAUAUGAAAUAUAUUUUUAAAUACAUUGUUGGAAAAAGUGUUGGCUUACUCGGUUCUGCGAGGCAACGAGUAAUUUGGUACAUACGUAAGGGUACUUUACUUUUUACGUGCUCACGCGCGAGAUAAUCGAGCGUUUUAAGUAUCUACAAAUUUAUGUCGGCCUUGAGAUGAAACGAUAUGGACGAGAUUUCAUCAAUUUUUUUAAACAAAGCAGUGAUAAUGCUUUGGUUGGUAGUGGAUUUUCACCGAGGGACAUUAUAGUCCUUAAAUGUAUCAAAUUCAGACUUUAAUUAACCUUUGUUGAUCCUGUCAUAAAAAAUGA